AUGACCUUCGACAACAUCGAUGUCCACUCCCGUUCUAAAGACUCUGUCAAGCUGGACGUCGACAUUAGCUGGCACGGUGAGUGCGACGUCGAGCUCGACGCGAGCGGCCUCCCCGGCGUGGGCGUCGAGAAAGUCAGGCUCAGCGGCCGCAUGAGCAUCGUCUUCUGCCCGCUUGUGCCGGCCAUCCCUCCGUUCUCAGCCAUGCAGGUCGCCUUCAUCAACCCGCCCCUCUUCGAGCUGGACUUCACUGGCGCCGCCGAUCUUGCCGAUUUCUCCCUUAUCAAGAAAUGUGUUAGGAAGGCCAUUCACGAUAUUCUCGCCUCGAUUCUAGUGCUGCCGAAUCGCAUGCUCAUCAAGAUGGAUCCCGCAAACGAUUACUUCAAGAGUUUUCAAACCGACUUGGGCGUUUUGCGUCUUACCUGCGUCAGUGGAAAAGGCUUUACCACGCCAAAAGGCUUUUUCAAGGACGUGCCGGAUGUGUGUUGCCAGAUCCGCCUAGGUGCUUCUGCAAUUUGGAAUACCAGUGCCAUUAACAAUUCUGAGACCCCGGAGUGGAACGAGACCCGUGACUUCUUGUUCUCCGACCUCGAGCAAAUCAUCUCUAUCGAUGCUCUUGACGAUGACCUUGUGAACGACGACACACUUGGCUUUGGUUCUAUCAAUGUGAAAGAACUACUGCAAAAGGGCAAGACUGCUGAAGUCAAGCUUUGCGACACUUCAGGGGGCAAGCCUACCGGCGCAAGCGUCACCGUAAAGGCUGAUAUCUACAACUAUGUUCCUAACAUCAACAGCUUCGAGCAAGCGGAACCCAAUGCAAAAGACCGAAUGGUUGGGUUGCUCACAGUCAUCGUUGCGGGAGUCAAGAAGGUCCCUGGCGACCGGGAGUCACUUGCUUCCAGUGUGAAGGUGUCGUUUGCGGGCCAAGAAUUUGCCACACCCGUAGUGACGGACAUGCCCGGCCUAGACCCGUGCAAUCCGGCCUUAGACACGGCCUUCCGCAUGCCUCUUACCGGUGAAAUGGCUGCUGCGAAGUCAGAUAUUGAGCUGAGGCUUUACGAUGGGAAGUCCAAGACGGGUGCCAAGGUCUUUUCGUUUGAUCAAAUUAUCGGCGCGCCUGGACUCAAUGUGAACUCUGUAGAUAGCCCGGACAUGUUUGCACUCGAGAACGGAGCUACCUUGCAGGCUAGUGUUUCGGUAUGCGGUCUCGAGUUGAACGCAAAUUAGAGACAUUGCCAUCGUGUGCGGGAAUGCAAUUGAAUUCGCGUGUACGGUAUACUUUAGAAAAUGCUAGUUUCAUCCUUUGGUCCGUUUCUGAAAAGCUGGGCUCGGGCUCUCCAUCCCUACUCAUCUCCAGCUCUAUCUCAAUCAGUAUGAGCUGUUGCUUUUCAAUCACUUGCAAAC